GAGUCCCAGUCCAUAACAAACAAGUGGUAGAGAUAAGGGGACGGGAGCAAGCUUUCUCCGCGUAUUGUACAGUCGGACUUUCAACGUGACACUGUUUUCUCCGAGUUUGUCACGAACACAUCUUAUUCUUCUUGCGCUGGGUGUUUUUGGUGCGUUUAUUAAAAACAAACUGUCGGAAUUUUUGACUUGGCACCGUGUCAGACUCCUAGGGGACACGGCAAUGGAAACGCCAUCAACGUCAACGACCGAGUCCGAAAUCUCACGCCUGGGUGGCGUGGAGGCCCUGAGGCUAAAUGCGGGUCCGGUGCGGAGGAACCUCUUCGGUCCCGUGGACCACCAGCAGCUGCGUGAAGACUUCCAGCGGCUGCUGUGCAUGGGCAUCGAGACGGCCAACAAGCGGUGGAACUACGACUUCCUUGAAGACACGCCGGGCACGGGAUCCAACGUCCAGUGGGAGGAAGUGCGGUGUCAAGACGUGCCGGGUUUCUACCGCGGCUGCACGGUGAGGCCGGCGGUGCGAUCGGGCAAGCCGGUGAGGCGGAGCUCCACCUCGUCGGGCGAGGACUCCCCUACAUCCAGCAGCUCUUCGGGAUCCGGGGACGAGUACCUGGAGGUGACCACCAGGAGGUGCUACAGGCUGAAACGGCCAGAAAAACGCAGACAAGCCCCCAUCACAGAUUUCUUCAAGGUGAAAAGGAGGCGGCUUCUAGAUUACAAGGGCUCAUCCCGACAAUAGGACCACCUCAUAAAUAUCAAAUGAACAUAUGUAGCAUAUAUAUAUAUAUUCUAUAUACUGUUUUCUUCAGCUUUUUUCGCUAGACUGUGAAAUUAUAUUACGUGCACUCUUACGGACAACUACUCUUACGGUGAGCUCAAAAGUUUUCAUUCCUGGCCCCAUGUUGUCAUUUAAAAAAAAAUAAAAAUAAUAAAUGGCAGCAUGCUAGUUAUUCGCUCCAGGUUAGAGAUCAACGGUGGAGACUUGAUGUGGCUUCACUAAUAAUCCAAUUAUAAUGACUAUUUAUUUAUUAUUCACGACGCUAGCUCGUCGUCAAAAUAAGAUCAAAAAACAAAACAAAAAUAUAACACACAAUGUGUACAACGAGGUAAAAUAAGAUGUUUGUGGAUCCGCGUGCCAUUGCCCCCAAAAUUGUGUGAUUAUGGCUCCACCCUUGCCACUAGGAAAUGUCGAUUAAACAUCACAACACUGCCCAAAAACAAAAAAAAUCACACACUAUCUGCGCUUCUAACGCAUUAUUUGCGUAAAGGAGUAUUUAACAUCUUUUAUAUUUUGGCAGCAGUAUAGACAAACCUUUAGUUAUUAUUUCAAUGCUUUUAAAUGUAGCAUUUUGGUUGCGGCGUGCCUCACUUUUGUGCCAGUUUGUAAACUUUAGGCAAAAGUAUUGUGACGGUUGAAUUCAAUGGCAUCUCAAGCAUUUUUAUUCAUAUUAGAGGAACCUUUCGGGUUCAAAAUGUUCUCUGUUCUCAAAACUACACAAUUCAGAUUUGUGGUUCACAAAGCCGUACGUUGGAUAGACUCAUUACUACCUCAUUCAGUAAAAUAUACAAAAAGUAUAAAAAUAAAU